UAGUAAUUGUUACAUUGACUUUUACCAUUCAAGUAAGGGAUUUGUUCACUUUUAUACGAUAAACAUAUUUCUUAAAGCUAAAAAUUGCACUGCUGCCCUAAGGGACAAUGAAACAUACAUAUGUAAGUUGAAUCCCAUAUGUUAAGAUGAAUUACACUAUUACUUCUUAAGAAUUCAAAUUUUUGGUUUAUAUAUUAACAGGUAUUGAAGAGACUAUAUAUGGUACACUACUAAUAAAAGUGUAUCAAUGCCAAAUGUUACCCUCUUUGUUGAUUUGGUGAUCACUAAAAUGGUGUCCUCGGAAUUAAAAUGCAGUAUUGAUGGUCUUGGAAACCUUAUCUUUUGUACGUGAUGUUUUCGUUAAUGCCAGGUCAUUUAACUUUUGGAAUACAUAUUGGUGCAUGAAAUGUUCUAUGCAGAACACUAAAUAUUACGAUAAUACACAGAACAAAAUGAAUUACUCAUUUUUUCAAUCCUAAAAACCUCAAAAGUAAAUGAAAAUGUUAAAAAUGUAAGAUUUAUUGUUUCUCACACUAGAAUUUAAAAUAAAAUAUGAAAAAUUUUCAAUUUUUAUAUAACCUAUACAUAGGUAGGUUAUGUGUAGAUUAAAUUACCUACAUAUAUAUAGGCUAUAUGUAGGUAAAAAUAUAUGGUUUUUUAUGUAUAUGUAAUACACAUAUUAAUGUAAGAAACAUAAAAUUUAAAAAAAUAUCUACCUUAAAUCCCAAAAUUUAAUGAUUUAGAGUUGUUCUUUUUGUUCUCGCAAUAUUUAGUGUUCUGUAAUGAUCCUCAUCCUAUUGGUGAUAUAUUACAAGCUACCCAAGUUAGUACUUCAAAAGAGAUUACUUAAAGAGAUGUUGCUUCAAAAAACGAAGUAUACGAGGACUUGAUAGCGUCAACUGAUCAAAAUAUAAGCAAAUGUUAGACGAUAAUAGCAGCGGGCCAAUUUGAUGUUGGCAAUGUUCGACUUGAUACAAGCGGUGGUUGAUUGUAUCGCCAUUGUUUGAUUUGAUACCGGUGGUGCUAGUAUCACCGGUGUUUGAUUUGACACCGGCAGUGCUACUAUCAGUGGUGAUCGAUAUAAUAAUACAUGUUAGUAUUAGCGGCGAUCAAUUUGAUACAUGCUACAGUGCUAGUAUUGUCGGUGUUCAAUUUGAUACCGACGGCGGUGUAGUAUCAUCAGUGAUGUCGGUGAUCAAUUCGAUACCUGCGAUGGUGCUGGUAUUGGCGGUGUUCGAUUUAAUACACUUGGAUGAUAAGCUUCAUUUACACCCUCACAUUUACAUAUUAUACCUAAUAUCAAGAGACUUGAGAAUCCUAACUACUAGCCAACUUAUUGACAAUAAUGAGGUACCUAGAAGAUACUAGCCGAUCGUUCACAAAGGUUAAUCAAUUUCUUAAUCAAACUAACCUUUCAACAACCAAUGUGAAGGGAUGUAUCGAGGUUUAUGACUUUGUCAUGCAUAAGGAUGAUGGUUUUUCCAAAAAAGGGUAUAAUUUUUGGCAAGAAAGUAUUCAAAACCUUGUUUCAAAUCCACCUAAAGACUACCCUCGUGAGAGGGUUGAGUGGCUUCAACACGAACUUGGUGCGUUUUUUUGUUUAGUUUUGGAUUGUGCAAUGACGACAUGGGAGUUUUUAAAUGGAAUACGCACCAAAAUAGACAUAUUGACACACUUUUAAGCCAAAAUAGACAUCGAUUAUCAAUGUGAACCAAACAAACAAACAUUUUGACCUACUAAGCAUAGGAGCAUUCACAAUCGAUUCUCUACAAUCACCGGAAACUCGAUAAGGGUCUGGAGGUUUACCUUCGCCGAAGCAGGAUAUGCACCAUCCGCUACAAGUCAAACCCUUUCUUGCCAUCUAGUGGCCCCUGCGAGAUGGAAGUUGUGCUCCUAACAAUUACCUGCAAAGAUAGUAUUAAUUGAUUAAAAAGUUGAUUCUAAAUUGGACUAGCUCUGCUUUAUAGUGUACAAAUAUAUAACAAAAUACACUUUUCUCAUUGUUGAAUGUUUAGACAUAACUUGACAAAUGAUAAUAUCCUCCCAUAUGU